AGGUAAAAUAGAAGGGCUUAACCAGGGCUUUUCAUUUUUGUUCUGAAACUUGUAUGUUUUUUUAGAAUACUUUCUCUCACAUAUUAAUAAUAUUGACUGUAGUAGUAUUUCGUUUUUGGUGUCUGAGCAUCAUCAGGCUCAUUUGCCUCUCGUCUACCCAUGACUUCCCAGCCCCACCCUCAUCGGCGUCAGAGCCGCCGUCUGUCUUCCUGUCACCGCCACCCUGCCACCGCGCCCCUCACGGGCUUCUGCGCAUCAUGUCUCCGGGAACGCCUCGCAGGAAUCCAAAACGACUCUCCUACCACAACCCCAACUUCCUCAACCACCUCCUCCACCUCCCAGUUCCGCCGCUGUAAAUCCUGCUCCGGCGGCCCUGACCCAUCCUCCUCUGCCGCCUCCGAACCCCGCCGUAAAUCUUGCGACGUUAGGGCUCACAGUACUCUGCACGAUCUUUUCGCCGUCGACGACAAAAUGAAAACCCUCAAUGUCGACCUCCCUUGUUCGAAAGUUGAAGUUUUUCAAAGCUUUGAAGGAGGAGGAGAAGAAGAAGAGGAAGGGGAGUUAAAAACGAUGAAGGAAUUCAUAGAUCUUGAAUGUGGAAGCAAAAAAACUUCGGGGAAAUCUUUAUGGGAAGCAGCUUCGGUUUUUAGCAAGAAAUUGAGGAAAUGGAGAAAAAAACAGAGCAAAAAGGAGAAAAGCGAGGGUUUGGUUCUUGAGAAGGCAAACAGAAGGGGAUUAAGAGAUACCCAAUCGGAGAUCGGGGAAUAUGGGUUGUUUGGAAGAAGAUCCUGUGAUACUGAUCCUAGAUUAUCAGUUGAUUUUGGCCGUUUAUCCGUCGAUGAGCCAAGGUUUUCCAUGGAUGAGCCAAGGGCUUCUUGGGAUAGUUAUUUGAUUGGAAAACAGAACCCUAGGGUCAACGAGGAACCAAGUGUUGGGGAAGAAAGAUUGAGUGUUGUAAAAGAGGAAGAAAGGAUUAGCCCUGGUGGGUCAGCUCAAACGAGAGACUAUUACGCGGAUUCUUUGACUAGAAGGAGAAGAAGUUUUGACCGUUCUUCUUCCAACAGAAGGAUAAGUUUCGGGGAAGCUGAGGAAUUUAAGUCUUCCAUUUCUAAUGCUAAAGUGUCACCCGAGACUGUUGGGCUGUUUCAUGGGGCGAAACUGUUGGUUACUGAGAAGGAAUUGAGGGAUUCCAAUUGGUAUUCUAAUAUGGAAUCUGCUUCUAAAGAUGUUGAGCUUGUCGCUAAUGGAGGGGUUGCUCAAAAAGUGUUUAACAUGAAGAAGGCAAGGGGCUGGAAAAAUGUGUGGAGUAUGUGGGGUUUGAUACAUAGGCGAAAACAAAGUGAUUUCGGAGAUGAGGAUAGGAGUAUUGGAGGAGAUGUAGGUAAUGGGAGGCUAACUGAGUCGUUGCACAAGCUUAGAAGGGUGGCUAAUGGAGAUGAAUGUAAAGGUGUUAGAGGAAAUAUGGGUGAAGGAACACUUGCUGACUCUUUGGAAAAGCUGACUAGGUUUGCCAAUGGAGAUGAAAGUAAAGCUAUAAGAGGAAAUGUGGCCGCUGGGACAUUGGCAGAGUCCUUGCACAAGUUAAGAAGGGUGGCCGACAGAGUCGAAAAUGGGAAUGCUGUAAGGGAGAAGCUUCUGCGGAGCUAUAGUGUUAGUGCUCGCCAUUCGGUUGACGGAUCAUCUUUCUAUGGAGGGAGUGUGAUCGAUCCUAAAGGCAAUGGUCCAAAGAGAAGGGAUAAUCAUAUGUUGCACAAGAAUAGGAGUGUCAGGUAUUCUCCUAACAACCUUGACAAUGGUCUAUUGCGGUUCUACUUGACACCAUUGAGGAGUUAUCGGAGAAGCAAAUCUGGAAGAAGUAGGCUAAGAAACUCGAACUCUGUAGGUGGUAGUAUACUGUAAUGGCGCUUACCAAUAAGAUAACUACGUUGUAAAAACAUUUAUGAAUGUGUUUCUCCAUGUUCUAUAGAUAUAUAACAAAAAAAAAAAAAGAAAGCACCACAUCAUAUGGUCUUCUUUGUUGUGCUAGGCAUAUGUUCUAAUAACGCGGCAAUGAAAAAAAAUGGUACAAUAUCUUGAUAUUGUUAGUAUAGCAAAAAUUGUUGCAGAA